GCGCAUUCGGCGUAGCGGUACCUUGAAAACAGGACUCGCAAAACCCGAUAAGUUGUUGGUUACUUCCGACAUAGGUUCUCCGGCUACCCCAACUUCAACCCGAAUUCACCACUUCCUCCCCCCUUGUUAUCAAGGCAUGACAGCGCAGUAAUCAUCGUGUAAUAACCUCGCGAUCCCUUGACAAUCUGUCAUUAUGGCUAUUGGCAAGGAAGGAAAUGUCAAAUGGGUCGAUGGUCUUCGAGGCUUCGCAUCCACUUUGGUCGUUUUAACUCAUAUUGCACGAGCUUUUGAUGGCGACCUUUUCCUACCAGCUAGCCACAAUGGUGAUGCGCCUCGGCCUAUGCAACUACCUUUCCUACGAAUUCUAGCUCAGGGCCGUAUCGGUGUUACCAUUUUCUCUUUUGUUACUGGCUAUGUCUGUGCUCUGAAGCCCAUCAAACUGUACCGACAGAAUAACCAAGAUGCCGCUUUUACCUCUAUCGCUAAAUCCGCUCUCCGCCGUGUUCCCCGAUUGGUUAUACCCUGUGCUUUCGCUACUUUCCUCAUCUGGAUAAUGGCAAAUUUGGGAAUGUUCUUGGUCGCAAAGCAGAGCGACUGUUGGUGGUGUGGUAAGACUGCACCUGAUCGCCAACCAACUGUCUUUUUAUCGGUUAAACACUUGAUUGAAAACAUUAUCUCGACUUGGACGAAAGGUCGGAACGCAUACGAUGGCAACCAAUGGACAUUGUUACCAUUGCUAAAGGGUAGUAUGGAAGUUUAUACCUUUAUUGUCGCCACGGCCUACAUUCGACCUGAAUUCAGGAUGGUUCUCAGCUUGUUCAUGUAUGCCUAUUUCUGGAUGGCAUCUGACUCGGCUUUUGGCAUGCAGUUCUUCUGGGGUGUCUUCUUGUGCGACUUGCAAAACCACCCUCCAGCUUCCGAAUGGCUUACCCGCCGACCAAGAUUUUCUCAAGCCUUGGCUGGAAUUUUCUUGUUCCUAGGUCUUUACAUUGCUUCGUUCCCCGAGGGACAUCCUGAAUGGGCAACCUGGUCGCGCUACCAAUUCGAGGUUUUGAAGCGCAUUACCCCUAAGGACCCCGACUUGCCUCGAUUUGCUUCUGGAAUUGGUCUAGAGUUGAUCACUCUGGGAUUGCACUUUAGCCCGGCCCUCCGUGAUCUCAUGUCGAGCAAAUAUCUUCUCUGGUUUGGAAAGCAGUCAUUCGCUGUUUAUCUUUUGCACGGUCCUCUGCUCCGCAGUGUUCUCUGCUGGAUGGUUUACGGCAUUCACGUUCCUCCGCCAAUUGUUAACGACAAGGGUGAAACGAUUCAUGGUACGCUCAUGUUCCCCAGUGGAUGGCGUCUCAUAAUCUCCCUACCAUUCUGGAUUCCCCUGAACUACGGUGCUGCAAUGCUUUGGACAGGUUACGUCGACCCCUGGUGUGCCAAUCUGACGGAGAAGAUCGUUGGAAAGGUUAUGCUAGCUCGCGAUGAGAAGGGUGCUCUCUUACCACAAUAGAAACGCGGUACCGAUCGUCCUAAGAAGUGCAAUGGCGGUAG